AUGACCGAAAUAUCGGACUCUGAGCUUGAUAGCUCAAAUGAAAACCAGAUUGGGAACACUUCUGAUCACGAGAACUUCGAUGAUUCUAAUAUCUUUGAUAGUGAUCAAGGAGAAGAAGAAGAAGAAGACUACGGCGCUUUUCAAGACUUCGAUGAUUUCUCCGACAACCAGGACAAUCAAGACAAUCAGGAUUUCGCUCCUUCCCCCUCAAGAGAAACAAAUGUUGAAGGGCUGAUAAUGAAUACCCCGGAUAUUGAGCUCGCAGAAGAUGGAACACCUCUCGUGUUCCUUGAAAAAUUCAAAGAGUUUCCCGUAGAAAUUCAAAUGGGUAUUUGGCGCUUUAGUGCUCUUCAAGCCAGGCGUACCAUCGUUAUGAAUUUGCGACAAGAUACUUUCGAAUUUGAAAAUUAUCCUUCUACGCCAGCUUUUAUGCACGUAUGUCAGCGAGCACGAAAAUAUGGCAGGAAAUACUUCUAUGCUGUUGACGAGAAGGGAGUCCCGCAUAAUUUCACCGACCCCCAAAAGGUUAACAAGCCUUAUUUCUAUGUCAACCCCAUCAGCGACGACUUUAUCUUGAGAUUCGGAGAUGAGGCAUCUCGUUCUUCGCCGGCUUAUUGUCCCAUACAGUUUGGUUCGGAGUACAUGCAACAGGAAUUGAAAGUGGAGGAAAGAAAACUUUAUGAUAUCGACGAGGAAGAGGAAAGGGCUCGGUAUAAUGCGAGAACAAUCCGAAUAAAUGCUCCUGUACCUGCCCAUGUAAAUGCUCCUGUCGUAAACACCCACAUAUUAGGUGGGAACAUGAUGAUUCAACACAUUCAACAUAAUCCCGCUGCGAAUGCAGGCGUAGCACGUCCCGCUCUCCCUCGUCCCGGCGAGCCAGUUUUCCCUCUUGCGUCAGUACUCCCUCACUUCUUCGACAAUAUUCGAUCGGUUGGUAUCAACCUCUCAAUUAGUUUCUCAGGAUAUGUCGGCUUUGAAGAAAUGACCGCUGCGCAACUCCAACAAUGGACCGAAGAUAAUGUCAAAGAAAAAUUCGACAACGUAUUCAAGAAAAUUUUGGAUCGUUUUCCUCAUCUCGAACAUAUUUUUGUGGUAGUGAGAGCAUAUGGGAGAAGUAAUCGGUGUGAAUCAGAUCGGGGUCUCCCACGUGAGCUUGAGAAGAAGAAUUGGACGAGUGUGGGCAUGGAAAAGGGAACAGCGAGAUGUAUGGGAUAUAGAGAGUUUAAACAGUUUGAGAAUCAGGCGAAGGUUUGGUUAAUGCAUGAGAGGAUUGAUAGGGGACUGCAGUUGAAUAGCAUCGAUUUUGGAUUGUAUGUUCAGACAAACAUUUUGUGGGAGAUUUAG